AUGUUUUUUAGGGUUUUUUUUAUAGAGAUCCCUGUUCAUUAUCAAAAGUCCCUCUAUCUACGGCAAGAAUUCCUCGCCAUUUGUAUUCAUUACAAAGACAUUCUCCCUCUAAAGCUCACAGAGAUUUACUGGCCUCUAGUCAGAACCAACGAAGCCAUAAUGGUCAUUUCUUAUUUUAUUUUUUGCUAUUCCAUUAUUUUCUUUCUUUUAAUUAAUUUCCUUUCUUUACCUGCAAUUCUUUCUUUUCUUCUUUUCCUUCUUUUUUUUCAAAAUUUUCUUUCUUUUUUCCUUUUUUCUUAUUUUUCUUUUUUCUUUCUUUCUUCUUUUCUUUCAUUUUCUUUUUCCUUCUUUCUUUCUUUUUUUCUUUUCUUUCUUUCUUUCUUUCUUUCUUUCUUUCUUUCUGAAUUUUGUUUGUUUUGUUUCUUUUCUUUUCCUUUUAACUUUUCUUUCUUUCUUUUUUUUUAUUUUCUUUCUUUCUUUUUUUUCAUAUUCUUUCUUUUUCUUUCUUUUUUAAGAACUCGUUUUUCUUUUCAAAAAAAAUUUCUUUUCCUUCUUUUACAGGGGAAUUUUCUUUCUUUUUCAUUUUCUUCUUCUUUUCUUUUUUUUUCUUUCUUUUGA